AAGCAAGAGGGAACAAGAAAAGAAACGGUAACAGUCGCCCUCGAGACAGUCAGGCGACAUGCUUACACUCGCGUGCGUUGUAUAUAUACGAUAUACAUGAGUCGUCAAGGUACAUGCGACCAUAGAAACUGCCGCUACCGCGGCGCCGAAUCAAUGAAAAAAUAUCGAUCGACCCUUUCGCGUUGUGCAGCAGAGAAGGUGAAACUUGAGUGCCUCAGUCUUACGGAGAACUUCCACGUCUACGUCACGUUGUUUGACGUUGCUCCGCUUCAUUGAAAACGCGCAAAUUCGAUUAUCUUAUUUUUCAAGCGUCCUGCUAAUUAUAAUUCACCCGAUAGUGCAAGAACGCGAAUUCCUUUAUUUCAUUCAUUCGACUCUGUCAGUGGUCACUCAAAAUACGAAAUGGAUGUACUUCCUAAUGGUAUGUUAAUUCAUUCGCAGUACUCAAAGCAAUCGGAGAGACGAAGUAAUGAAUAGUGUGCUAGAUAGAUAAUUUUUCAUUUGCAAUUUCAUUUCAUCAUUUCAUUUGCAUAGAUAAUUUUGCAUUUUCAAUCAAUAACUCGUCUCGCGAAUAUUCUUUCUCCGCAGUUCAGCGCUAGCGAAAAAUAAUUCGCGCGUGUGAAUAAACUGUGCGAAUGACUCAUAUUUUACGUGAAAUCAGUUUUUCAAACACAUCACCCCUAUAAUUAUCUCUGCCUAACCACCUACUAGAUUAUCAAAGUCAUUAAUCACGUGAUAAAAGCUUUCCCAAUAAUUCAGGAAAACAGGACUGCGAGCAAUCGAAAAACUUGUCGACCCAGUUGUAGCUCCUAAAAUAAGCAGUAGCGGCAGAAUUGUAUCAAUCUCGCACACGCGUCACCCUCGUAAUCGCGAUUGUACAAAAAUCGAAUUCCCAGCGAACCACCACCACAUAAAAAAAGCUCGUCUUCUGUAUUUUAGCUUGCUGAGCACCGACGACACGAUGCAGCACUCCAAGCUGGGCGAACAUCUAUACCUGACGCCAAGGGUACCGCAAGGACUAGCGGCAGCGGUCGAAGGAUUGACUCGCGAAGUGAUACGUCACCGGCCGGAGAAUAUUUACGAGUUCGCAGCGCGCCACUUUGAAAAUUUGCUUCGAUUGCGCGAGCAAUACGGCGAUCCAUCGUCGAGCGGCAAGAGGAGUUGCAAGCAAUUGCACGAACUUAACGAGGCGAUCAGAGAGCGACACGACGAGGCGAGACAAAGCGCUUGGUCUCUAAACGAAACGGCCAAGGUGCUGGAGAAGCACAGAAGUAUCUUCGGCGACUCGGGGCAGAAAGUGAGCACCGAGCAGAUCAGAGAACUAGCGAACGAGCCGAUGCUCAUCCCGAGAGACAGAUUGCAAGAUGGCAAUCCAAAAAAAAAAGUCGACAGCUCGAGCCAAGAGAAUUGCAAGUGCGCCCCGGGAUCGAGCAGGAGAAAAGAAUGUCCACAGGAGGCUUCCAGACACGGAGCGAAGCGCGCUCCAAGAAUCCUAUCGCAGAUCCCGAUAGCCAAGGACAUCAAAACGGAACUAAGGAGAAACAGAAUAAGCAGUCGCGAAAGGAAAAAGGUUGUCGCUUGUGAGUAUACCCGCGAGACGAUCGUCGAGAAGUCGUCAAAGAAGUCGUCAUUCGAGAAGACGAAGAGGAGCUCCACCGAAAUCCGCAGAAGCUCGAGAAGCGAGGACAGCAGCACGAUGAAGCGAACCGAAACCACAAAGAGUUGCUACAGCUGUCAAGAGGAGAAGAAGUUCACCAGAGGCGCAAGUAUGGACAGCGCGAGGAAUUACGUGGUGCAAAACGUCAUUGGCAUGAUGAGCUUCGACGAAUUGCAGUCACCGGGUUACGUAGAGAGAGUCCAAAAGGUGAUCGACGAGACUUCGCCAGUUAUCAAAGAGAAGGUGGAGGCGCUGAGGAGUGGAGUUAUGAGAGCUGCCAAGACUGCACAGUUGAGGAAGGAGGCAUCGCUCAGCAGUGAAGAUCGCUCCAGAAGCUCCCACAAGUCCGACGGUGGCAGGAGAGAAGCAAGCUUGCCGAGGAGAAACUCUAAGGGCGCAAGCAAAGCUCGACUCGAUCAAGACGCCUCCGACGCUUCUGAAUCCAAGUCAUCUCUACCAGCCGUCAGACCACUUUCCUCGAAAUCAACCUCGAGAAGUAUGUCGGCACGAAGCGACUCGGACAUAGCCUUGACUCUACCACCAAUAUCACCGGAAUCUGCCAAGUCACCGAAAGCCAAAGAGGAGCUAGUUCUGCCUGUGCUUUCACCUCCGCGUGCUGCUGCUUCGUUGGAAGAUGCCACCAGUACCGAUGACACGACGGCGGCCGUUGAGGAGAUUGCUGAGGAUGUGACUGAGUCAUCAGAAAACAAUGGCGAAGCUAACGUUGUCGAGGAAACUGUGAUUGCUGAGAAGAUUGUCGGGGAAGGAACUGUGUCUUCCUAUGCAACGACCGACGAGCAUCCAAUGAUUUCAAAUGAAAAUAUUGAUGAAAAGAAAACAGAAGCUGUUGCCGAGGCUGAGAAAAUAAUCCCUUCGACAGACAAGUUAGACAUUGAAAAUGAACAAUCAGUGCUUUCUAAGGAAAUUGACGAAAUAGUGCCUCCUAAAGAAAUUAGCGACGAUAAAAUCAUUCCUUCAGCGGAAACUAACGACGAAAAAGUAGCGCCUUUUUCAGAAAGUAACAUUAAAGCAAAAGUGGCGGACGAUAAAACUACGGUCUCUGUGCAGAGUGUCGAAGAGAUAGUACUGUCCAGUGACAAGAUUUCCGACGAAGGCAUGGAGCAAGGCAUUAUCACUGAAAAACAAAUGUCACGCGAGGAAAUCAUUGCCAAAGUAUCAACAACGAAUCUUUUAGAAGUCAAAGAAGAAGAAUUUCACGACAGCCUUGAUGUAACACCAGAACCAUUCGACACGAAAGGCCAAAGACCAGAUUCGCUUGAAAACUCUUUGGUCGAGGAUAACAGCAGCGGGCAUACGAGUCCUCUCGAGACAUUGAAAGACAAGCUGCUGGAGAUCGAGGAGGUGCAAAAGCGAAUAGAAGAUGUACUCGAUGACACUAAAAUGAGCAAAGUAGACGUCGAGGGAGAGAUGGAUGAAACAACAGCUGGCGCCAAAAUGGAAGACAAACUUAUAGAGAUACAAGAGUCGGAGAAGCGUAUCGAGCAAAUUUUAGACUCGCAAUCGACCGCCGAAACGUUGAAUUUCGAUAUUAAAAACAAAUUGCAGGAGCUCGAGGAAGCUGAACGCAGAAUCGAGAGUAUUUUUCCGAAAGAAAUAACCAAAGAAUUUUCCGACAUAACGGACGCUACUGCAAUUGACGUUGAAGAUAGUAUUGUAGUUACGACUGAAAAAAUGAGUAAAUUGAAAGAGGUGUACGAACGAAAUGAAACAACCGUAGUGAAAACUGUACAUUUGAACGCACUGGUCGUGGAUUCCGAGGAACCGGAAAUAGCGACUCGAACAGCAUCGCCUCAUUCGUACAUCCUGACCGAAGGUUCACCCUGCGAUAUACCCGAUUCGGUAACAACGGUGAUAAUACCCGAGCGAGGGCCGUCGCCAGAUUGCGAAACUGUCCAAGUGGAGGCAGAAGAAGACAGAAUCCUGUCGUCGACUCUGGUAACUUGCAAAGAAGCUGAAAAUCAAGACAGCGUUAACGACGCGUUUGGCGAGGCCGUGGAAGCGGCCGAGCAGUCGGAGCCGUCGACGGUCGAUAUAGAGUACAUUCGCGGAAUUAAAGCAAGUCAUGAUAUGAUAGUGUCACGAGAGAAUUUAGAUCGAAUAAAAGAGGAGCGUGACGAGGCGGUAGAAGUCAUUGACUCCGAGGACGAGAAAGUAUUAAGAGUCGUUACGAGCUCGCUCGAGGAAAUUCUGGAGAAAGAAGAAGUCGAGUACGUUCGAGUGGAUCGACUCGUCGAGGAAGAGCAGCAGAAGGAGGUCAUGGGAAAUUCACUGGAAAGCACGGCGAGAUCGGUGGAAGAGUCGACGAACGAGGUCAAAGAGACGUCGGUCACGACCGAUCGCUCGAGCUUAUCCCUCGAUGCAGCCGCGCCCAACGUGCCUGAAUUGAAUCUCGACUCGUUGCCGGACUUGACGAUCUCGUCGUCCAACGUGAACUCGAGCAGGUCGGACACGCCAAAGCGUGAGGACUCGCUGGACGUGACCGCCUCGCGGGCGGAAACGCAGGAAUUCGAGAAGCUCGAGGAGCGACUGAUGCGUCGGCCAGCAACUGCAUCAGAUAUCGGCGUGCCAGCAGCGCGGGAUAUUAAUAAUGUUGUUUACUCGGCCAAAGGCAGCGAAAACAAUCUGGCAGCGGCGAGUCAAUGCACUGCGGAGGCAAAUGGUUCAAUCAAUGCGAAUGAAGGCGAAUCAGUGGCUGCCGAUCGCGACGACGAUGACGAUCACGCGGCCGCGAAGAAAGCAUAUCACAUCUACGUACCGGAGGCCAGCGGCAGCAAGGACGUCAGCUCGUCGAGCGAGACCAGCACUUUCAUGUCGGCUGCUACCAAGAUUCAAGCUGGUGUGCGGGGCUUCCUGACGCGCCGACGUCUGCAGAGCAGCCAGAGGCGCAGCUCGACUCUGGACAGUGUGCCAUCCAUCCAGGAGAGCUUCGUGGUGGAGACGACCCCCGCAUUAAUGCCGAUAGUCGAGGCGGCGUUGAUGUCCGAGGCAAAAGCUCGUAAAAAAUUGAGGCGCGAGGACGCAGUGCAGAGGACAACGCUGUCGGUAGAGAACGCCUUUGCCGAAAAUCAAUUGCAGCAUACGGGUGAAUUUCACGACUGCAUACCACUUCCGAUAUUCGACGCCGAGGCAUUGUCCUUGAAAUCAGUGAGAGAACGAGAAGCCGAGAAAGCGAAAAAGAAGGCAAGCGAGGUCGAGCGCUUGUUAGGGAAAAUUUUGCUCGGCCACGCGACGUCAAACUUCGCCGCUCACUCGAACCUCGUGGACGUCGUUCUGUUGCCCGCCGACGCGGACAUGCAGAACAAGUAUCUAAACUUCAUAACCAGCGUCGAGGACGUGUUCAGCGAUCUUCCAGAGACGCCGAAGGGUGUCAUCAUCGAAGAGAUAACGAGUCUCGACGAGAGCAACAAGAGUAUCUCCGAGGACACGAAGCAGGCGGUGGCCGGGGAUGACGAGAAACGAGCGUCGAUGGCGUACAACGGCGAAGAGACUGUCGCCUCGAUCUCGACCUCCGAGGAUCCGCUGUCCAUCAACAUCGAGGAAGUCCUGGGCCUCGGCGAGGAGGACGAAGCGACGCGCAAGUCCAACCGUUUGCACGUCAAGCUCGGCAGCGUCGAUCAAGUGCACUCGAGCAGCAUCUCACAGGAUAGUCCCGUCGGUGACGAGCGUACACGCAGUCCCGUGACGAUGAUGAUGCAGAUCGGCCCGAACAAGAGCGCCGACGACAAGUCUGACGAGAACCCAACGUGAAAAGUCCGUCGCGCGUACGUGUAAAAAAGCCAGUAUUUUAAUAGGCCCAUGUAUGUAAAUAUACAAUUAUAUUUUGCAAAAAAGAAAACAGCAACAAAGAGUCGUGUGAUUUUA